AUGGCGCUGAAGCUGAAAUACAGCGACGAGCACGGCGUGCUGCAGAUCGACAUGGAGCCGGCGCGUGGGGGGGGCGGUCUCGAGGGGGACGGGGGGGCGCUGGAGGGUCCCAGGUUCGACAGCGUGGCGAGCCGCUUCGGCCGGCGGGACCUCCUAGGUGGGGGGGCGCCGUCGCUCUUCCGCAGCCGCUACAACAGCAUCGAGGAGGAGUUGGCCAACACGCCGUACGCGUUCGCGCAUCGCUCGCCACUCGCUCGGACAGACUCCGCGCCGAAAGACGACUUGUUCGGGCCGCCCGUGCCGCCGGCGUUCACCGUCACCCAGCUGAUACACGCCCAGGACAGGUACUUCGACCUGUCGGCGCGCCAGGGCCCGCGCGAGGGCGGGGCGCAGGACGAGGGUGCGUUUGGGGCGCGCAGCGCUCCCGGCUCGGCGAAGACCCGGGAUCACGCCGCCUUCAAAGUGCUGACUGCGGACCCCGCUAGCCCGCAGUCCGCCUCGGCAAGCUUACCG